AUGCGUGUCACCCCUUUCCGGUUAAGGGCAGUGGUGCUUCUGCCAAGUACUCCCUUAAUGGGCGAUCCUUUUGUGCGCCCGGGGCUGGCGUAUCAGCCGCACAUUGAGCAGGUGCUGCUUCGAAACGAGGGAACACUGACGCUGGAGACCACCAAGGAGGAGUGGAUAAGGUAUCAGCACCGCGACACGUUGGCGAGUCUUAUCUUACAUCGGGACCGUUUGGAGUAUCUUUCACUGGUGGAGAACGCGGCUCCGGCGCGGAUGGAGCGUAUUCUCUUGGAGCGUGCCGUAGACCCAGUUAGAAAGAGAGAAAGGUCUAACACCUGA